AUUAUAUACGGAUGUGUUGUUUAUUGUCACAGCUGGCACGUCAUCUGACGUCAUGAUACCAUGAAUAUAAAUUUCUUCAUUACAAACAAUUCUCAAUAUAACAAACGUUAUUCUGUGAAAUAGCAUCUUGCAUGCUGUAAUGAAUAUAAGUAUCAUUAUGAAACGAUAUUCGUUUACUGUAUUUCGAAUGUGACUUUAUGGUUUCUUUAAACAUGGUACAGAUUCUCAUCCACUAAACCACCAAGCAGCCUAACAAGUCUACCAAAACAUGUAGAAAACCUGAGAAAACCUAAUAAAACCUAGAAAUGCCUCGCUACGCACAACUGGUAAUGGGGCCAGCAGGUGCUGGGAAAUCAACAUAUGUCAACACUGUGGAACAGCAUUACGCGACACUGCGCCGCAAAGUUCACUGUAUCAACAUGGACCCAGCUGCAGAGCACUUUAAGUAUCCGGUGCAGUGUGAUAUCAGAGAGCUCAUAUCUGUGGACGAUGUAAUGGAGGAUAACGAGCUGAGGUUUGGUCCGAAUGGUGGUUUAGUCUUCUGUAUGGAAUAUUUGAUCCAAAACACGCAUUGGUUGGAAGAAUGUUUGGGUGAAGUGGACGAUGAUUACUUUAUUAUAGACUGUCCCGGUCAGAUAGAGAUUUAUACACACCUGGACAUAAUGGGACGUUUUGUCGCCACCCUAGAGCAAUGGGAUAUCAGGGUGUGUGCGGUGUACUUGCUGGACUCCCAGUUCUUAGUAGAACCGAGCAAGUUCAUAGCUGGAAUGUGUUCAGCACUCAGUGCUAUGGUGCAACUUCAUCUGCCGCAUGUUAACGUUCUCUCAAAGAUUGAUUUGUUAUCUACGAAAGACAGAGAUUCUUUAGAAAGAUGGCUUGAUCCCAAUGAGGACACCAUGACUGAUUUUCUUCAUCGGACCACUAACAAAAAGCACGCAAAUUUAUCAAGAGCUCUAGCCAGACUACUAGACGAUUACAGUUUGGUACAUUUUGUUCCUUUAAAUAUUGAGGAUGAGGACUCAAUCGGUGAUUUAUGUUUACAGAUUGAUAUGUUGUUACAAAUCGGAGAAGACGCUGAGCCCCGAGAACCAAGAGAUCACGACGAUCGUAGGGAUGGAGACGAUGCUGAAAGUGGAUUUGACGAAUCCUGACUUGCUAUAUGAACUUUUGAAGCAUUUCCAAAUAAAGCAUCAUGCAUUUAGUGAAGACUUGAACUUUUUAUACUGUUGAGCCUCUGGUAAGGAUCAGCAAAAUUUUCAAUCAACCUUUUUAUCCUAAAUUAUUUAUUUAUUGACAGUUAACCUGUUUUUAUCAUUUGCAGAUUUUUGGUUCAGAAUCAAUUUUAUGCCUGAAAACUUUAUGUCUGAAAACUCGGAUUUCAAUUCAAUGGUCAAAAUCAAGAAAAAAUACUUCUAAAUUUAAAAUGUAUUAUACCAUUUCAUGAAUG